CUAAAAAUGUCAAACAAAACUACAAUUUUCUUUAUUUUUGCAAUCUGUCUUUUGGUAAAUCAAAUUGUGUCUGCAUCUGGAAUGCCAAGUCUUGCUGAUUGCUGUAAAAAAGAUUAUGUCGAGGCAUGUAAUUGUAUUUCAGCUGUAAGUAAAUAUUCUCAAAAAAAUUUUUAA